UGCAGCACAGCGAAACCAACGAUAUAGUUCAACGGAUUGUUGGCUUAAGCCUGCCCGAAAAUGCGGAGGAGGUCACAGGACUGCUCAAGAGCCUGCGCCUUCUGCUCACCAAAAGCAGCACCGCUCAAGAGACUGUGGCAAAAAAUUCAGCGUUUUCCUGCUUCAUAGAAGCGAUGGCUUUCAAUCCCCAAAUGCGCACUGAGCUAAGUACAAUCCACACACUCACGCUGCAGGUGCUGGCCAAUACUGUGGUGAACAACGGUCCUGCUCAGACACUCGUCUGGACACAGCAUGGCACAAAGAUAGUCGAUCAGGUCUGCGCCGCUCCCUUGGGAAGCUCGAACAACGUGUUGCUCAUGGUCAUGUACAACAUUUAUCUUAACGGCUGCGGCCUGAUCAGUAACGACCUGGCUCUCCAGACCUGCGUCCGCUUGUGGCAGGCCAUCAACGAUGCACAUUGCACCUUAAACUUUGAGUAUUUGCACUUCUUUCUGGAAAACUUCAUUGUGUCGAAUGGGCGGGUCGGUGUGGGCUGUUAUCAGCGACUGAGCACCGAGGAGCGCAUAGCCUUUCUGGAUUAUGUGACGCACUAUCUGCGCGAGAACAGUCCGAACGGGAAACUGGCUCCAAUCCUGCUGCAGCACUUUGCCAAGGAGUUUCGACUGAAGUCUGACUGCAUUUUGCGGGAAACGAUAAAGCUGCGCCACGAACUGCAUCCCAGGGAAGUCCACACGCUCCUGCGCAUCAUUGCCAGUGUCAGCGGCUCCGAAGUAUAUGCCAACACGUAUGUGGAAGAUCAGUCACUGUUCAUAAAUGUUAGCAGCUUGUUGCGCUGCGUGGUAGCGGCAGGCAAGGAGGCAGACGGUGGCGGUUUUGACAAGCCAAUGACCAAGCUGGAAGAGGUGGCCCUCACCUCCGGCGUGGAUGCGGAGUACGAAAAGAAGGUUUCUUACGAGCUGAAAACGCUCCUGGUACGCUGCUCGGCCAAUUUGUUGUACGAGAACAAGCAGAACAAGGGCUACUGCAUUGACACACAGCUGCUGCCAACUCUGCUCGAGUGCACGGUGAUGGAUGCCCGUAAUCCUUUAAUGCGCGAAUGGAGCAUUCUGGCCAUACGCAAUGCCUGCAUAAACUGCCCAGAGGCUCAGCAGAUUGUCGCCGGCCUGACCAUGCAGGGCUCGGCCCCCAAUGACCUCCUCAGCGAACUCAAUCUGGAUAUGGGCGCGUUGCGCAUCACGGACAGAAGCCAAUAACCGAAUACCAGCACGCAAACACAGAGAGAUACACACACAGAACAUCGCGAAGCGAGCCACGACCACUUGCUGGCCAACAAGUGGUUAGCUGUCUUUCGCACGACGUCAUCCGCCUGACAGCCGCUCCCCCUUGCGCUGAACGAUGCGCUAAUGGUAUGCCAAAAGAUCUAACAACAUUCAUAAACUCGUUGUCACCGUUUAAUGGCAUCGCAGGGCGCGAGCGGCGACCGGGGGAAUCGCGAACGGACAUUCGAGCAAGCAUCCGCGAGCGUUUUUACAGCCAGAGCGGAUAUAAAAAUAGCUGCCCAUGUACCAUGCUCUGUGCACCAUUAAAAAAGAGAUGCCUAAAUUCAUCAAUUUCUAAAUUUA